AUAAUUAUACUACAUCAUGACUAUAAACUACUUGUAGGUUAGAUUGUGCAUAAUCUCAGGGGGCUGGGAAAAGUGUUUCCUGUGGUUCGUACAGUGAUUGGGGCGUUCAGUUCCGGAGCGGCAGCAGCGACAUCUGGAAGGGAGGAGAAUUGGAAAGAAAGGCAGAAGAAAAGCAGAGAGCGUGAAGGGAGCCCUGACACAGGAGAGUGGCUGUAUAUGUAUGAUGACAUUGCUGCAAACGGGUGGAGAGCGAUACAGUGACACCAUCAUGGACAAAGCCUCAUUUUGGAACUUUCCAGAAUUCUCAGCUCUCUGAUUUUCAUUUUCUGAAGACUCAUCUGGUCUGAGGCUGAUCUCAGACUCCUUGGACAUAAUGUCGGUGUGUGUGCAGUCAUCCUGUAACUCCACCCCAUCUGUGGAUGUGGCCAAUCACAACGGCUCCCAAGUGGCUCCUCCCACUUCGCUGAGCCUGCGCUCCUCCCACAACCAGCUGCUGAGCACUGAGCUCAUGAAGCAGGGCUCGUCCACGCCUCCCAAGUGUCGCAAGAAGUACGCGCUCACCAGCAUCCAGAGUGCCAUGGGCCUGAGCGACACGGCCCCUCCUGCCCAAGCCCCAGCCUCCGCCCCAGACCCCGACCCCUCCUCCAACCCCAAACACGCCAAGAACGGGGUCAAUCAGCUGCGCAAGGCUGCUGAACAUCAAGACCUCAACAAGAACACCAGUGAGCUCGUCCCACAUGCUAACCUUGAGCCUGAGCUCAACAAGAACACCAGUGCGCUCGUCCCACAUGCUAACUCUGAGCUCAACAAGAACACCAGUGAGCUCGUCCCACAUGCUAACUCUGAGCUCAACAAGAACACCAGUGAGCACGUCCCACAUGCUAACCCUGAGCCUGAGCUCAACAAGAACACCAAUGAGCACGUCCCACAUGCUAACUCUGAGCCUGAGCUCAAUGCGGACGAGCAGGAGCUCAGCGCAGAGCAGGACUCCCACAUGGAUCUGGACUCCAACACGCUGAGUGAGUCUGUGUCCAGCGAGGAUGAGUGGACCUGAACACAACAGCGGAAGAGGGAGGAGGAGGAGGAAGAGGACCGCAUCUCCAAUGCUUCGCUGGCUGACUCAGACGACCUGCUCAUCCUGCCGGAACUCCACAAGGUGGACGAUGACGAAAAGGAUGUGAAGAAGUCCCCAACCCUGGACAGGAAGUCACCUUCCCUGGACAGGAAGUCGCCCUCUGAGAACAAGGGGUCACCUUCCCUGGACAGGAAGUCGCCCUCUGAGAACAAGGGGUCACCUUCCCUGGACAGGAAGUCGCCCUCUGAGAACAAGGGGUCACCUUCCCUGGACAGGAAGUCGCCCUCUGAGGACAAGGGGUCACCUUCCCUGGACAGGAAGUCGCCCUCUGAGGACAAGGGGUCUUGCGAGGAGAAGAGCAGGAUCCUGCUGGAGGCGGAUGAUGCGCUGGAACAGGAAGUGACUCAGCCUCUGUUAAAGCAGCCCCGCCCCCCCUCACUGCCCAAGCAGCCCAGCUCUGAGGACACGCCCCUUCUGUCCUCCUCCCCUUCCUCCUCACCGGAGGUGAAGAAGGACAGGCCGAGAACGGGGGCCAAGACGGACUGUGCCCUCAACCGCAUCCAGAGCCUGGCCCCUAGCGACGAGGAGUCCAGCUGGACCACACUCUCCCAGGACAGCGCCUCCCUGGGCUCUCCAGAAGAGACUGAUAUCUGGAGUGAGCAGGCGUGUCACACAGACCCAGACCUCCCCCCAGGAUGGAAGAAGAUCACAGACAUGGCGGGCAUCUACUACUGGCACAUCCCCACGGGCACCACCCAAUGGGAACGGCCCGCAUCCAGAGCCACGCCCCCAGAUGCCAUGCCCACCUGUGCACAGACCGCACGCAAACACUCCUCCGGCUCCCUCUCACCCUCACCCACACCAGACCAGGAGGCUGAGGUGUUCUUCAGAGAUGCGUCUCUGCGUUCAGGGAGCACCACCUCCGAGGGCUCUGUAGAGCCCAUGCCCAUGCCUAUGCACAUCCCGGACGCUGAGGUGGCAAACUACGGAUUUGUCAACACCUGCUACUUUCCACGGUCCUCAUCACUGCAUCUCAUGGCAGAUCAAGACAAAAGCACUCAUACACAACAGUCCCAGGAGAAGAAACAGUCUUGGAGUGAGUUUGCCGUGGGCACUGGUGGAAAGAUUGAUAGUGAGAUCUGGAAGGACCUGCAGGCAGCCACAAUGACCUCUGACCCCAGCCUGAAGGAGUUUGAGGGAGCAACCCUGCGUUACGCUUCCUUGAAGUUGAGGUAAAACCCCUGGGAAGAGAUUUAAAGCUUGUGUGAGGAGGACUCCAGCGGUGUCAACACUGACCCAGAGGCCAAAUGUUUUGCAGUGCGCUCCCUUGGAUGGGUUGAAAUGGCAGAGGAAGACCUGGCUCCAGGCAAAAGCAGUGUUGCUGUGAACAACUGCAUCCGCCAGCUGUCCUACUGCAAGAAUGACAUCAGAGAUACAGUGGGCAUCUGGGGAGAGGGGAAGGAUAUGUACUUGCUGUUGGAGAACAACCUGCUGAACCUGGUUGACCCGAUGGACCGCAGCGUCCUGCACUCUCAGCCCAUCGUCAGCAUCCGUGUGUGGGGCGUGGGCCGAGACAACGGCAGGGAUUUUGCGUAUGUGGCGCGAGACAAAGACACCCGUAUUCUGAAAUGUCAUGUGUUCCGCUGUGACACGCCUGCCAAAGCCAUCGCCACCAGUCUACACGAGAUCUGCUCCCGGAUCAUGGCGGAGCGUAAGAUCGCCAAAGCAGCAAUGGGCGGAGCCCUGCAUGAUCGACAUGCAGGAGUAGAUCUCCCUUUUGCAGCCGAGUUCCCCACUCCAAAGACGGAACUGGUGCAGAGGUUCCAGGUUCUGUAUCUGGGGAUGAUGCCCGUGGCCAAGCCCAUUGGGAUGGACAUUGUGAAUGGAGCCAUAGACUGCCUGAUGACGGCCGCCCCACGUGACGACUGGACCCCGGUGCUGCUGAAUGUGGCUGAUGCCACGGUCACUGUCAUGAGAGACCAGGAGGAUGAGGAGGUGCUGGUGGAGUGCCGCGUGCGCUUCCUCUCCUUUAUGGGCGUGGGACAUGACAUCCACUCCUUCGCCUUCGUCAUGGACACGGGCAGCCAGCACUUUGAGUGUCACGCGUUCUGGUGCGAGCCCAACGCCGGGAGCGUGUCAGAGGCCGUGCAGGCAGCAUGCAUGCUGAGGUAUCAGAAGUGUCUGGUGGCUCGUCCUCCGUCUCAGCGGCCGUGUGGCGCGGCGCCUCCUCCCGACUCGGUGUCCCGGCGCGUCUCCAGCAGCGUGAAGCGCGGCGUCCUCUCCCUCAUCGACACGCUCAAGCAGAAGAGGCCCCUGCAGGAGCAGCCCCAGUAACAACCCCAGGACACCCCAUCCCCCACCCCCCCCCACGACACA